UUGCAGAGUUCCUUCUCGUCUCUGUAACGGCGGGCCGGCAGGAAAGAAACCCUAACCCUAGCGACAUGAUCUACGACGUCAAUUCACCUCUUUUCCGUUCCUUCCUCAGCCAGAAGGGCGGAAGCUCCGGCGACAAGCGGAAAUCUGAAGAGCAGAAACCAAAGGAGCACAAACCUAAGGCAAAUGAGAACAAGCCCGUGAUGACAGAAUGAUCAGAUAGCAGUUCAUCAUGAGGAUACAUUUUGGAAUGCUCACUGAAAUUGUGAUACGUAACAAGUUACAUCACCUCAGAUGGUUUGAUGAUCUUAAAAAGUUUGAACUCUUGAUUGAAUGCUUGUUUUGCUGAAUGACUGAACCUUUGUUAAAUGAUACAUAUGCAUCAAAGCUUAGCUUUGGGUGCUUUUCCUUAUAUUUGUGAAAGAUUAAUUAAAAUUGUUAUCGCUUUGUGGUGGUUGUAGCUGAUGUAUGGGUAUAUUUAUUUGGAUAUUAUUUGCUA